AUGGAGACUCCAAAUGGAGUCGGCGGCUCGCCCACCAUACCGUGUACUCCCAGCGUUCAAGCUUUAUCUCUGACGGAAUAUGCCGCCAACCCUUCACCGCCGAGAGAAGGGAGGCAAGAGGGGAAGGAGAAAGUGACGAGUGUAGUGCCAUUGGAUUUCAUGUUGCCUACUGGGUAUCCCGAUGUCCUACUCAAGAGAGAAGACCUGCAGCCCGUCUUCAGCUUUAAGCUGAGAAUUGCAUACAAUAAAAUGGCACAUUUGGACCCGCAAACGCGCUGGAAGGGUGUCGUCGCAUGCUCUGCCGGGAACCACGCUCAAGGCGGCACCCCAAGCAUCAAGCAUCUGAAUGUUACAAGACUGGGAGGAUCUGUUGUGCUUCACGGAGCCGAUUUCGACGCUGCGAAGGAGGAAUGCUAUCGCCUAGAGAAGCUUCAUGGCCUAACGAACAUCUCUCCACUCGAUGAUCCAUAUGUUAUCGCAGGCCAAGGAACCAUUGGAAUGGAGCUGUUGAAUCAGACAAAUCUUCAACAGUUGGAAGCUAUAUUCUGUUGUGUGGGAGGUGGAGGUUUGAUUGCAGGAAUUGGCGCUUACGUCAAGCGCAUUGCACCACAUUCGCUUGCAAAGGGAGAGAGGGUCUUGAAGGAGGUCGGACUUUUUGCAGACGGCGCGGCUGUCAAGCAAGUCGGCGAAGAGACAUUCCGCAUUUGCCAAGAGGUGGUCGACGAAGUUAUCCAAGUCACAACAGAUGAGACUUGCGCUGCUAUUAGAGAUGUAUUUGAAGACACUCGCUCCGUCGUCGAACCCGCUGGUGCACUUUCCAUCGCCGGCUUAAAGAAAUACGUCGCCGCCAACCCAUCCCCUAACACCAGACGCCAGCUUGUCGCCAUCGCAUCUGGCGCGAACAUGAACUUCGACCGCCUCCGUUUUGUCGCUGAGCGUGCCGCACUGGGUGAGGGCAAGGAGGCCCUCCUACGGUUUCUAGAAAACAACCCAGAGGUGAUGAACCAGCUUGCGUACAAACUUGGCCUCUCAGAAGAGCUUGCAUUUUAUGAUGUAUACUCUCUCACCGACCCCGACCUCCUCGCGACUUAG